UUGAAAAAGUUGAUCCCACUAUCAUCUUCGAUCACAUAAAUUCUCUCCACAAGACUUCAACCCAAGAAUCUCCCAUGGUGGCCGACGAAGCUUCAUCAUUCGAGACGAGCGAGAUGCUCGCCACGUUCCUGGCUUCAACACCGCUGUUGUCGGAGUCGUGGAGGCUGUGCACCACCACGGCCACGUCCCCGCCACGGAGUUUCCUGACAGAGCAAGGUGCCGGCGGCAUGGUGUACAUCGCUUUCCCCGGCAUCGAAAUGGUGGCGGCGGACUCUAGCUGGAGAACCUUGGUUCCGUUGGUUAGCAUAGGUGAUGUAACACUCUUCUCGGCUCGUCGCGACAAGGAAGACGAUGAUCCUGUGAUGGUGCAUGCUGGGGUGCUGAAUCUCUUAUCCACCUUUUUCGAUGCAUUUCAAAAUCAGAUGUUGGCACUCAUGGGAAAUUCCAACACGAAAACAAUUGUCAUAACUGGGCACUCCAUUGGAGGAGCCACUGCUUCACUAUGCGCUGUUUGGCUAUUGUCUUACCUCCAACACAUAUCUUCUUCCUCUUCAUCUGUCUCAGUCUUAUGCAUCACUUUUGGUUCACCAAUGCUAGGGAAUACCUCUUUCUCUCAUGCCAUACUCAAACAAAGAUGGGGUGGAAACUUCUGUCAUGUGGUCUCAAACCAUGAUAUAAUGCCAAGGCUGCUCUUUUCACCCAUAACCCCUUACACUGCUCAGCUAAACCUCCUGCUUCAGUUUUGGCGACUGUCCACAGCUGCUCCAGCCUUUGGGAAGCUUGCACUUCCAGUUUCUGACCAACACCAGGAGUUGUUCAACGUUGUAAUGAGUUCCUUGGAUGCAGCCACACAAGAUGGAGAAGGGUCUUCAAUUUUGUUUCACCCAUUUGGGAGCUACCUUUUUGUUUCAUCAGAAGGAGCAGUUUGUGUGGAUAGUUCAACCGCUGUUAUAAAGAUGAUGCAUUUGAUGUUUAUAUCUGCUUCCCCAUAUUGCAGUAUUGAGGACCACCUCAAAUAUGGAGACUAUGUUAAAAAAUUGUCUUUGCAAUUCUUGAACCAUAAAAAUUCCAUGCAAGGGAACAUUCCUGAUUCCAGCUAUGAAGCAGGACUUGAAUUAGCGGUUCAUUCUUCAGGUUUAGCAAACCAGGAAUCGGCCAAGGAAUGCCUUAAGCUGACAAGGAGAAUGGGUCCUUCACCAACCAUGAAUGCUGCUAUGUUACCAAUUAAAUUAUCAAAGAUCGUGCCUUAUAGGACUGAAAUACAAUGGUACAAAUCCUGGUGUGACCAGCAAGUUGAUCAAAUGGGAUACUAUGACUUGUUCAAGAGGAGAAGAAACACUUCGAAAAAAAUGGCUAUGAAAGUCAACAUGAAUCGUCAUAAACUGGCCAGGUUCUGGAACGAUGUGAUUGAAAUGUGGGAGAGAAAUGAGCUGCCCCAUGAUUUGGCAGUGCGAGAAAAAUGGGUCAAUGCUUCCCAUUUCUACAAACUCCUGGUUGAGCCUUUAGACAUUGCAGAAUAUUAUGGGAAGGGAACGCACACGACCAAGGGCCAUUACUUACAGCAUGGCAGAGAGAGGAGAUAUGAAGUCUUUGAUAGGUGGUGGAAGGAUGGAAUUGCCGCCGCCGCAGAAGAAAACAACGAGAGGCGAAGCACGUUUGCAAGUUUGACCCAAGAUUCGUGCUUUUGGGCAAGGGUGGAGGAAGCAAGGGACUGGUUGAAUAGUGUUAGAAGCGAGAGUGACACAAGCAAGUUGGCUGUGCUGUGGGAUAACAUUGAGAAAUUUGAGAAGUAUGCUGUGGAACUUAUUAAUAACAAGGAGGUGUCUGAAGAUGUUCUUGCUAAGAACUCAAGUUACAGUACAUGGGUGGAAGAUUUGAAAGGACUGAGGGAACUCAGAGCAAAGGUGAAGAGGUUCCCACACAACUUUAGCCCAUUUCUCGAUGGGGAAGUAAUUCCUUAGAAAUCUUAAAUGAACCAUGUAAU